AUCCCAAAGGAAACGAGUGUUGGAAAUGGGAAGUGUCCCCUCCACCCCCUUGUUAAAUUUUUACCAACUGAGUCCUGGUGAUAGAAGCAAGUGGCCAUGAAUGAUGCAAAAGAUAUCAAGAUGAGUGGGGAUGUAGCUGAUUCCACGGAUGCUCGCAACACUCUCAGCCAGGUGGAGCCAGGAAAUGAUCGAAAUGGCCUAGAUUUCAACAGGCAGAUUAAAACCGAAGAUCUCAGUGACUCCCUGCAGCAGACCCUCUCCCAUCGGCCAUGCCACCUGAGUCAAGGACCUGCCAUGAUGUCCGGAAACCAAAUGUCUGGGGUAAAUGCCAGCCCAUGUCAGGACAUGGCUUCCCUCCAUCCGCUCCAGCAGCUUGUGCUGGUUCCCGGCCACUUACAGUCUGUAUCCCAGUUCCUGCUAUCUCAGACCCAGCCUGGGCAACAAGGUCUGCAGCCAAAUCUCCUCCCCUUUCCACAGCAACAAAGCAGUCUCCUCCUCCCACAGACUGGGCCGGGACUGGCAUCCCAGGCAGUUGGGCGCCCUGGGCUGCCAGGAUCCUCUUUAGAACCCCACCUGGAAGCAUCCCAGCAUCUCCCGGUGUCCAAGCAUCUACCCAGCUCUGGAGGGGCCGAUGAGCCCAGUGACCUUGAAGAACUGGAGAAGUUUGCCAAGACCUUCAAGCAGAGGCGCAUUAAGCUGGGCUUCACACAGGGAGAUGUGGGGCUGGCGAUGGGAAAGCUGUAUGGCAACGACUUCAGCCAGACCACCAUCUCGCGAUUUGAGGCCCUCAACCUGAGCUUCAAGAACAUGUGCAAGCUCAAGCCCCUGCUGGAGAAGUGGCUGAAUGAUGCAGAGUCCUCUCCGUCAGACCCCUCAGUGAGCACGCCCAGCUCCUACCCCAGCCUCAGUGAAGUAUUUGGAAGGAAGAGAAAGAAACGGACCAGCAUCGAGACCAACAUCCGCCUGACUCUGGAGAAGAGGUUUCAAGAUAACCCAAAACCCAGCUCGGAGGAGAUCUCCAUGAUUGCAGAGCAGUUGUCCAUGGAGAAGGAGGUGGUGAGAGUCUGGUUCUGCAACCGACGCCAAAAGGAGAAGCGGAUCAACUGCCCUGUGGCCACACCCAUCAAACCACCUGUCUACAAUUCCCGGCUGGUAUCUCCCUCAGGGUCUCUGGGUCCCCUCUCUGUCCCUCCUGUCCACAGUACCAUGCCUGGAACAGUAACGUCAUCCUGUUCCCCUGGGAACAACAGCAGGCCUUCAUCUCCUGGCUCAGGACUCCACGCCAGCAGCCCCACUGCAUCUCAAAAUAACUCCAAAGCAUCAGUGAACUCCGCCUCCAGUUUUAACUCUUCAGGAUCUUGGUACCGAUGGAAUCAUCCCACCUACCUCCACUGAGACCAAAAAGUUUCUCCGACUCCACCGGGCCCUGUAUUCCGCCUGGAAGGAAGGGAAUCAUGCCUUCUAUAUACAGACAGAUUGCUUUCCGAAGAGUGCAAGAAAAUCCCCACUAUCAAUGAAUCCAGACUCUUGCCUUCUUCAGGAGCAAGGGCCUCCGGAGAUCCAAACUGUGAUUGAACCAAGUGCAGACUCCCAAUGCUCUUGAAAUAUAUAGCCCCUCCUAGGAGCUUACCGUUUUCACCUUCCUUGCCUAUGCCCUUGCCUUCUAGUUCCAAGUAUUUUAGUCAGCUUCACUGUGGCAAUGGUCUUUCAGAGAAAAGACUCCUUGCUGUUAAUCUCCAACUCAUCUGUGGGCUUCUGGGGACAACCAUUUGGCUGGAGUGCCAAACACCGGAAGUGGAGAUAAUAGUUUUGACUCUGAACUUGGCCACAAUCCCUGAACUGAUCCCAAAAUCUGUGAAAAGAUUUGAAUCUGAUAUCUCCACCAAAGCCUUGAUGUUUUCUCUGUACAGCUAAGUUUUUUGACGGAAUCUUCAUCUCACCCCAUUUUCUUUUUAACCUCGCCCCCUUUUCUACAACCAAAUCCGUUCAUUAUUGUGCCCUUCAGGUCCCCUCCUUUUUGCAGAAGGCGUAAAAGAGCUGCCCUUGGUGGGUGCUCUGGGCAUGUUGCGCUGCCCACCGGUGCCCUUCUGUCUGUCCAUGUCUGCCUAGGGCUCAGGAGUGCCUGUUCUUUCCCUCUCUCUCUGUGUUUCUCUUUAUCCUGUCCCCUCUCCUUUCUCCUGGUGGCAGAAAAGGAAGAAUACAAGAGCAAACACACAAUAAUGACGGUGGCAAAGUACCUGUAUAUAGCCCUUUCCCAUUUUUUUGCAUUAUGUUCUUAACUCCUUAAUGUGGAAUUUUCCAGCAAAAUGUUUAACUCAGGUGUGAUUUUUGAAAA